UGCUGUCCGUCAAACACACACACACACACACCCUCUCCCAUACCACACACACUGCUGCUGGAGCGAACAGGCCAGCAGUAGCUCCGGUUAGCAGCAGCAGCAGCUCGGUAUAGCGGUGUGUUUGGAGCGGCGCUGGGUUGACCCGCUGUGGCCGCGGCGGCGGCGCUCUUUGUGGGAUCUGGGGUGACUUUGCGCUUUUUAGGAGCGCUGUGGACCGAACCACGCGAUCCGGCGGGAAUCGGAGAAAAGAGAACUGAAGAAGUGUGUUGGCUGUGUGACAGAGGAGGAGACAUGGGAACACCGGGUUCGGGGAGAAAACGGGCUCCGAUCAAGGACCGGUUCUCCGCGGAGGACGAGGCUUUAAGCAGUAUAGCGCGGGAGGCAGAGGCGAGACUGGCGGCGAAGCGGGCAGCCCGGGCAGAGGCGCGGGACAUCAGGAUGAGAGAGCUGGAGCGACAACAGAAAGAGGUUUCUUACCAUCACUCCUCCUCCUCCUCUAGCAGGAAGUGGGGGCAGAUCCACCAGUGGAUGGCUGACACUGAGAAGGCCCGGCACAGCCAUCGGUCCAAAUCCCACAGUCGUCGGGGUCUGGAUGAUGAUGCCGUGUCAGUGAGGAGUAGUGGGAGUUACAGGUCUUCUACCUCCUCUCUGCUCGGUAACUCUCAUUCCUCCAGCCGGAGCAGCUCGUCCCGGAGGAAAGGCCUGGUGUCUGAUGGCCUCUACAGUAGUUCCUCUUUGAAGAGCUCUCGCUCCACUAGCUCUUUGUAUAGUGACCUUCACAAGCCGGUUUCCUAUACCAGCAGGAAAGAUCUACUGACUGGAUUAUAUCAUGACCAAAGGAACUACAGCAGUUUAAAGAACAUCAAACCUUCUCCUCCUCCCUCCUCCAAUGUCUCCUCCUAUCAGUCCCGGGCCACGCCCACCACCGUGUCCACAGGCCUGACGCGCAGCUACAGUGUGGCCUCGAUCUGUGAUGACGGACUCUACAGCUCGUACAGUUCCCGAGCUCCGUCUGAGUGCAGCUGGUACUCCUCUGGUGCCAGCUCUACCCGCAGUAGCCCUGUGUCCUCUUCUGAUGAUGACUCUGGCAGCACUGUGUCUCAGGAUCGGUACAGCCGCGGGAGGAGGGAUAGUGUGUCGUCUGAUAUAUCUGAUGUGAGCGCGACCGCUGCUGAUUAUUUCAGUCGCUCCAACCGAAGGGGGAGUAUUGUUUCUGAUUUAGACGAUCUGAGCAUCCCAGAUUUAGACAGCUUGGAGAAAAGUGAUAAGCAGUUCUCAGACUCCUUCAGUCGGCCAUCGUCUCGAUGCACCACACCCGGCCUCUCCGCUGCCUCUCUGGCCUCUCUGGGCGGCAGCUCGUCCAGGCGGGGCAGUGGGGACAUGUCCAGUAUUAUCGCUGACCCCGACGCCUCUCUCAGCGAACUGAGGGACAUCUAUGAUCUAAAGGACCAGAUUCAGGAUGUAGAGGGGCGGUACAUGCAGGGGCUUAAAGAGCUGAAGGAAUCGUUGUCUGAGGUGGAGGAGAAGUAUAAGAAGGCCAUGGUAUCUAAUGCACAACUCGACAACGAUAAGGCAAACCUCAUCUACCAGGUGGACACGCUAAAGGACGUUAUCGAGGAAAUGGAGGAGCAAAUGUCGGAACUACGCAGGGAAACCGAGGAUAAGUCAAAGGAAUUAGAGAGACAGAAGCACACAUGCACAGUCCUGACGCACAAACAGGAGGAGCUGAAGGAGGGAAUCCGUCAGCGGGAUGAGCUUAUCGAGGACAACCAGAACAAUCUGCUGAAGUUAGAUUCCCUCACCAGAGAGGUGUUUGACCUGCAGGAAACUGUUAACUGGAAGGACAAAAAGAUCGCGGCCUUAGAGAGGCAGAAAGAGUACUUUGAUUGCAUUAGGAAUGAGAGGGACGAGCUCAGAGAUGAGCUGGCUGACCUCAAGGGGAAGUCCAGAUCAGUGGAGAAACACGGACUGGUCAUCAUUCCUGAGGGAACCCCCAACGGUGAUGUGAACCACGAGCCCCCCACCUCAGGGAUCACUGUUGUCACACAGGAAGCAGCACAGGUCCUGGAGUCAGCUGGAGAUGGACCUCUGGAUGUUCGGCUACGAAAACUUGCUGAGGAAAAAGAUGAACUUUUAGCCCAGAUCAGGAAACUGAAGAUGCAGCUGGAUGAAGAGCGCCAGAAACAUUCUAAGAUGGAAAGUGUUUACACAGACGGAGAGCGGAUGGAGAACGGCACUGACCUGCACUUAAUCGAAAUGCAGAGAGACGCCAACAGACAAAUUAGUGAAUAUAAAUUCAAGCUCUCAAAGGCAGAACAGGAAAUGGGUACAAUGGAACAAAAUGUCAGCAGACUGGAAGGCCAGGUGUCGAGAUAUAAAGCAGCAGCUGAUAACUCAGAGAAGGUGGAGGACGAGCUGAAAGCUGAGAAGAGGAAACUUCAGAGGGAGCUGCGUACGGCUCUGGACAAAAUCGAGGAGAUGGAGAUGACCAACAGCCACCUGGUGAAGCGUCUGGAGAAGAUGAAAGCCAAUCGUAACGCUCACCUCUCUCAGCAGUGACGGGCGUGGCCGCGCUGCACAAUCUUAAAGCCCUUAAACUUUCUGGAGUCCAGACUGUUUCUGCCGUUCACUGCAAAUGCUGCUCCGCCCCCCGACACACCUGGGAAACCAAAAACACCCCCCUGUUACAGACAGGAAGUCCUUCAUCAAAACCAAAAACAGCGGGACGGCUCAGCCCGACUCCGUGAAGAAGGGAGCGUAAACGUGAUUGUGGUUAAGAAUAGUUUUCCUGCUCUGAAUCUGAAUCCGGAUCUGAAUCUGAGGACGGUUGUUGCUGGUAUUUUGUGUUUGGAAGCUUUGUAUCGUGUCCUUCACCUGGGUUUUAUUGCUUGGAUUGGGUGCUUGAUUCCUCCUGUUUUCCCCUCCCCGAUAAGUUGCAUGAAUGAGUAUAAAAGUGUAUUUUAAACUAAUUUCACUCAGCAGCUCUUACACACUGAUAUAUGUUCACAGCAAUGUGCCUUUGUUCACAGGGAAACUAAGGGUUUGCAUUAUAAAGGAAAAAAUCGGUACAGAAGAGAAAAAAAAAAAACCCAAGUAUUUAAUAUAGGGAUUUCAGUCAUUUGAUCUGACUAUAUAAAACCAACUUUCUGUUCUGGUUUCAAUGAGUUUUUGUUUGUUUUUCAAAAUAUUUAAAUAUUUCUUGACAAUAAAUGUGUAAAUUGGA